UAAUUAUUGUUUUUCGUAGCCACACUUUGAAAUAAUUGCAAUAUUUUUGAGAAGUUUAUCAAUAAGAGACACGGAAUCAUUUUAUUAGCUGAUGUUUUUCCUGUCCGCGAAACGCCACCAAAGAUGAUGGUGUACACAAAUUCUAGGUUAUCAAGAUAUCAUAAGCCUAUAUUACAGGCUUGUAGAAAUUUGUGUAAAAAUGGAAACAUAUUCUAUGUUAAAUUUAGUAGCUCAUCUUGCACAAACAUUGGUACAGAAGUCGUCACAUUAUCCGAUGGGAAACAACUCAGCUUAUCUACAGGCAAAUAUGCACGUUUUGCUGAUGGCAGUGCGAUUGCUUCUCUGGGAGAGACCUCUGUUAUGGUCACAGCAGUUUGUAGAAAGCAAUCAUCAGCAAAUUCCACCUUCCUUCCACUUAUUGUAGACUAUAGGCAAAAAGCAGCGGCUGCUGGUCGCAUACCAACCAACUUUCUACGGAGAGAGCUUGGACCGACUGAACGUGAGAUCCUCACAAGUAGAGUCAUUGACCGUUCUAUAAGGCCUUUGUUCCCGGAAGGAUUCUACUUCGACACUCAUAUAAUGUGUAACAUGUUAGCUAUUGAUGGUUCACAUGAUCCUGAUGUGAUCGCCAUUAAUGGUGCCUCUGCAGCUCUUAGUAUUUCUGAUAUACCGUGGAAUGGCCCUAUAGGUGCUGUUAGAGUCGGAAUGAUUGACAAUGACAUUUUAAUCAAUCCUACCAGGCGUCAAAUUCAAGACGGCAUGUUGAAUGUCAUCGUCACUGCGACAAAGCAGAAUUUAAUCGUCAUGCUGGAGGGCUCGGCCAAUGAGAUAUUGGAACAAGACCUAAAGAAGGCGAUAAAGUUCGGUGUAAAAGAAUGCCAGAACAUCGUGGCUUCGAUAACGAAAUUGCAAAAGGCAUGUGGUAAGCCAAAGAGGCAAGUUGAGGAUAACAGUCAACAGCAAGACGACAAUCUGAUCAACUCAGUGAAAGAACGCUCAGAGCCAGAACUGCGGAAUAUAUUUUCCGACCAUACAUACAAUAAGAUCUCCAGGGAUAAUGCAGUGAGUGACCUUAGAAAAAGUGUCAUAGAAACGUUGAAAAAUGAUAACGCUGACUUGGACGUUAGAUUGGCGGAAAAGAUCUAUGCGAACAUCACUAAGGAUGUUUUUCGGUCGCUGGUGUUUGAGAAGGAUGUCAGAUGCGACGGGCGUUCGUUGACUGACAUACGCGACAUAUCGUGUCAAGUGGACCUUUUCAACCCUCUUCACGGUUCAGCCGUGUUUCAGAGAGGCCAAACCCAGGUCAUGUGCACUGUGACUUUGGACUCCUUGGAAAGCGCGUUCAAGAUGGAUGCCGUUUCAAUGUUAAUCAGCGGCAUGAAAGAGAAGAAUUUCUUCCUGCAUUAUGAAUUUCCGCCUUAUGCGACUAACGAAAUAGGCCACGUAGGCCGGGUGGGACGUCGCGAAAUGGGACAUGGCGCCUUAGCGGAGAAAGCUUUGCGGCCGAUUAUCCCGAAGGAUUAUCCCUUCACCAUAAGACUAACUAGCGAAGUGUUAGAAUCAAAUGGUUCUUCCUCGAUGGCUACCGUCUGCGGCGGGAGUUUAGCAUUGCUCGAUGCUGGCAUACCAAUAUCUUCGUCAGCGGCAGGCGUGGCUAUCGGCCUGAUGACGAAAUACAAUGAAGCCAAAACGGAUAUCGAGGAUUACAAAAUCUUGACCGACAUAUUGGGAAUAGAGGAUUACUUAGGCGAUAUGGACUUCAAGAUAGCAGGUACCAAGCGGGGAUUCACCGCCUUGCAGGCCGACAUAAAGAUACCGGGGAUCCCGUUGAAGAUCAUAAUGGAGUGUGUGCAUCAGGCAACAACUGCCAAAGCGGAAAUUAUCAAGACGAUGAACAAAGUGAUUCAAACGCCGCAGCAGACCAAGAAGGACAAGAUGCCGGUGCUCGAAAAUUUAGAAGUGCCGAUUCAUCAGAGAGGAAAGUUUCUCGGAGUUGGCGGAACUAAUCUGAAGAAGAUACUCUUGGAGACCGGAGUGCAUGUAUAUCCGCAUGACGAGAGCACUUACUCGAUAUUCGCACCGAACGAAGAUGCCAUGGUCGAAGCUAAGGAAAUGAUAGAGAAGAUUUUGCAGAAGAAUCGCGAGCCUACCUUAGAGUUCGGUGCGAUUUAUACCGCGAAAAUAACGGAAAUUCGCGAAACCGGAGUUAUGGUGACGCUAUACCCCAACAUGGUGCCGGUGUUGCUAGCCAAUUCGCAGUUGGAUCAACGUAAGAUUCAUCACCCUAGCGCUCUGAAUCUCGAAGUUGGCCAAGAUAUACAGGUCAAGUAUUUCGGACGUGAUCCGGUCUCCGGGCAGAUCAGGAUAUCGCGGAAAGUACUGCAGGAGCCGGUCUUAAUUCAGAAGGCUCUGCAUCGCGAUAAUGAAAUGCGCGAUAAGGAAAAAGCGUGAAGGUUGUAUGGAAACAUGAACUCUAUAAAAUUUUAAUUCGAGCGGCAUCGUUGACGAGAUACUACUAAGAACCGAUAAUCUCUCUAAGAAGUUCGAAAUAGUUUCAGGGAUCUACGCGCUAAUGUGUUUCUUUGAAAAAUAUUACAUUCAUACAAGGAACAGUAAUAAAUUCGAAUCAACUUGGAUAAUAACUACUGGGUAGGUUGCUUUCCAGCAAGAGACACAAGUUGACGCGAGUCUAGUUACAUCAUUUGUCUUUAUUUCGCACUUGGUAAAGAAAAGGACAACAAAUGAUACAACUAGACUUGCGUCGAUUUGUGUUUCUUGUUAGAAAGCAACCAUAAUUUCGCAGGAAUAUAUGAUAUAUCGCGUUGUGAUUUUUUCUCACCUGUACCCGUGAAAUUUUAUUCGAGGUCUCAUUGUAUCUCUCAGUGGUGACACGCCUGUCAGCUAUUGUGAAGUUACGUAGGAAAGCCUGUAUAUAUUCUCGUCGAUGUACGAAAACUGAGCGUCAUUUUUAAAUAUAGUUAUAAAAAGUUGUUCGUUCCUACAUCUUUUGUACGAUGUCAUUGUUAAAAACAUAAACAUGAAGGUGUCACAAAUGAAA